AUGCAGCGGCCGACGUCGCUCGACUUACAAGUCACUCUACCUCUGCCAUGUACCUCGACCUGCUCUUGUACGGGUACUUGGGGAGUGUCCGGACACGAACCCCUCCUAGGAUACGACCGCGGUAGGGACACCGUUGUUGCACCCGCACCGCACCCGCACGCCGCAGGCACACACCCGCCGUCCACCCUCCGUCGCCGCUACCAAGUUCUUCGCUGCACAUCCCGCGGCCGCCACGGCCACGCCCCAGAGCCACGCCGAACAUCCCGCGCCGCCCCUCGCAAUUUGCGUGCAGAAAGUGGGAGGAAGCAAACCGAGGUGGCACAUGUGUGGAAUGCUGCCAAUCCACAAACAAUUCACCACUCAGCCCCCCCCACCAACACGGUUACGAUACCGUCAGUUUUCUUGGGAGGGGGCGCUGGGCCAGAUUUGGUUGCCAGUCUGUCCAAGUAUUGCGUCCCAGGUCCCUGUCCAAGACAGCCACACGACGCAGCUCGAAAUAGUCCUUCACCCCCGUUGACUUACACGCAACCACAGGUCAACCCAUCACCUUGUCCUCGUUUGAUGGCCUUGAUUUGCGUCAAGGUUUCGAAACUCGCAGGUUGCAGCUGCGCCCCACGGCACGUUCGCAGUCCAGAGUGCCAAUCUUAG